AUCUCUGAAGCAAUGAGAGCACUUCCUCCAGGAUUCCGAUUCCACGCCACUGACGAGGAGUUGCUGAUUCAUUACUUGAAGCCCAAGAUCCUUGGACGACCCGGCGAACGCUACUACGACAUGAUACCGGAGAUCGACAUAUGCGAAUUCGAACCUUGGCAAUUGCCCGCCAUGUUUUGUCACUGGUUCAACAGUAAGGAGCUCUUUUUAUUUUGUCGUGUGAAGCGCAAGUACUCUAACAGCAAGCGCUCUGACCGGACAACCAAAGCUGGUUACUGGAAAGUGACCGGCAAGGAACGCGCCAUCAUGAGUGAGGACACCGAUGAGCCGAUAGGAAUCAAGAAGACACUGGUGUUCUACACAGGCCGUGUGCCUAAAGGCAAAAGGACCAACUGGGUCUCACAUGAGUACCAGCUUAAUCCCAAGUGUCUGGGCCAUAACGAAGACGAGAUGCUGCCUUACGUGGCAUGUCGGAUCAAGAACAAAAAGGAGAAGAAGCUGAUGAUGGGUCACGCUCCAACAGUCAGCCCUGAAGUUUAUUCAAGCAGCCCUCACGCUCCAACAGCCAGCCCUGAAGUUUAUUCAAGCAGCCCUCACGCAUACACUAGCAAUGUAUCGGAGACCCCUGUGAAUCAAGAAGGGGACUAUUCCAGCUUCUGUAACUCCCCCAGCGACGAAGUUGCUGAUAACCAAGAAGCAGUCGAUGCUCAACCCGAGAUGUCGGUGGGAGACUUCAUGGAAUCGCUCCCUCCAUUGCACCCGCUGGAUGACAUUUUAUCAGACUAUACUCCUACUCCAACCUAUCAGGCCCAGGCAGGAACAGAGGAAGGAUGGUCUUCCUUAUUUGAUUUCUCAUAUGACAGCUAUGGCGAUGAGCUAGACUAUGGCUACAUGAAAUCUCCAUACAGCAAUUUCGCAAACUAUUCCAAUAUUGACUGGGCAAUGUCUGGGGACUUCUCUACCACAACACGCGAAGAUGUAUGGCUCUUGGAAGCCAAUGGGCAAACCUCACAAAAUCAGGACACAAGACAGAAAGAACACAUUAGGUCUGAAGAAAAUUUUGGUUUUCAAAAAAAACGUCAAAGUCCCAAAAAUGCUCAUACCAAAUGGGUACUGCAUGAAUACGGUAUCCUCAAUGAUCAGAGUGACUUUGUUCUUUACCACCUGAAGAAAAACCCUGAUGAGAAUGGUAAGAAAAAUUCAAAGACUCAGAAGACUGACACAGGUAUCUCUAUUGUGCCUCAAGAAGGCAGCAGAAGUAGCCCUAACUUGUCUGAUGAAGUCAACAACAUAAGUAUACCUAUUAUGCCUCAAGAAGGCAGCAGAAGUAGACCUAACACCCCCAAUAAAUCCAACAACACAAGCUGCUCCAACACAUUAGUAAUUGCCAAAAGCAUACCUGAAGAGAUUCCGAAGGAAUCUUUAAAAGAAAACGUACAUCAACCACAAAUGCCAAUUCUCUCGCCAGAAUGGAACUCAUCACAAUGUGAUUUCUCUGCAGCUCCACAGCCUCCCACAGCGGCCAGGGAGCAAUUUACUCCUGAUCCAGGAUGUCAGGAUUUGGAGUCUUAUUUUGCUGAUACUGAACUACUCCAAGAGAUACUGGAAAUGUUGACCCCGUAAGCUGGUUCUAGUAUGAACACUCUUCUGGAAAAAGUAUUAUAUAAGCUUUUUUACUGUUAGGUAAUUGGUGUACAUCCGCUGGCCUGGAAGCACACUCUUCAAGUGCUGAUAAAGAGUCUGCCCAUGUGGAAAAUAAUGUACAUGGAUCAAAUGCAUUCAUGAUGCACAUUAUUUGCUUAAUGAGCUUUUUAUUCCAAGCUGCUUAAUAUCAGUUAUUUGUCAUAGCAGUAGGUGAAUUUUUAACAUGAAAUUCGCCAGAAAUGUACAAACAGUUAUUUGGAUUUGUCGCAGCUACUUGUUUCGCACUCACAUGCUUUGUAUAUAUGAGGUAUAUUGAUUUGGGAUUGAA